AUGGAGGAUGUGGAGGUGAUGAUGAGGGGCCUUAAGUUGUCAGCGGCAGAGAAGAAGGGGCUGAAGCUGUCGGAAGUGGAGCCGGAGAAGGUGCUAGACUGGGCGGUGGAGGAACCACAAGCGGUGGGGAAGCUGUUCUCGGAGAAACUAGCACAUGCGAGUGUGAUUGGGAACACGUUGGGUAAGAUUUGGUGCCCGGUCAAGGGGCUAGGGUGUAAGGAGAUCGAAGAAAAUGUUUUCUUGUUCACGUCCCGGCAAUCGGCGGGGUGGAGAAGGGCUUUGGAGGAUGGACAAUGGUGGUUCGGUAAGGAGCUGUUGGUAAUGGAAGACUUUGACCCUAAUAAAACAGUGGACGCGUACGACUUUAAUCUGAUCCCCAUGUGGGUUCGGGUCUUUGGACUGCCACUUGGCUCCAUGAACAGGCAAACAGGUGAAUUGAUUGGGAGGGACUUCCACGAGCUGCUAGAAGUGGAUGUUGGUCAUGAUGGGAAGGCUGUGGGAAAAUUCCUGAGAAUAAAGGUUAAGGUCAAUAUUGAGCAGCCUCUGAUGCGGGGUUUCUUGUUGGACAGAGAGAAAGAGAAAGGAGAUGUUGACGCAGAACUCUUCACCUCAUGCUCGGGCGACAAAAUACCAGAACUCAUUGAAAAAGUGAAGCCUCGUGUUACAGAUGCUAUGCAGGCCGUCCUGGAAGCAGAAUUCACCCGGGAAGAGGUGAAAGCAGCUCUCGAUCAUAUAGGUGAUCUAAAGGCACCGGGGCCGGAUGGAAUGCCAUCAAUUGUGUUGAAGUACCAUUGGGAGUUCAUGGGAGAUCGAGUGGUGGAGGACGUCCUUGGGGAACUCUUCACCUCAUGCUCGGGCGACAAAAUACCAGAACUCAUUGAAAAAGUGAAGCCUCGUGUUACAGAUGCUAUGCAGGCCGUCCUGGAAGCAGAAUUCACCCGGGUAGUGGUGAAAGCAGCUCUCGAUCAUAUAGGUGAUCUAAAGGCCCCGGGGCCGGAUGGAAUGCCAUCAAUUGUGUUGAAGUACCAUUGGGAGUUCAUGGGAGAUCAAGUGGUGGAGGACGUCCUUGGGGAACUCUUCACCUCAUGCUCGGGCGACAAAAUACCAGAACUCAUUGAAAAAGUGAAGCCCCGUGUUACAAAUGCUAUGCAGGCCGUCCUGGAAGCAGAAUUCACCCGGGAAGAGGUGAAAGCAGCUCUCGAUCAUAUAGGUGAUCUAAAGGCCCCGGGGCCGGAUGGAAUGCCAUCAAUUGUGUUGAAGUACCAUUGGGAAUUCAUGGGAGAUCAAGUGGUGGAGGACGUCCUUGGGGUUUUGAAUGGAGGUGACAUUCCUACAGUAUGGAACGACACCUUAGUAGUGCUCAUCCCGAAAGUCAACAACCCGCAAAGAAUAAAAGAUCUCCGGCCGAUUAGUCUGUGUAAUGUGCUAUACAAACUUAUCUCCAAAGUCCUUGCAAAUCGGCUUAAAGUGGUGCUACCCGAGAUCAUCUCCGACAACCAGAGUGCAUUUGUACCCGGGAGACUAAUAACUGACAAUGUCUUGAUUGCAUAUGAGGUUUCGCAUUACUUGAUGAAUAAGAGAAAUGGCAAAGAAGGAUAUGCUGCAGUAAAGGCGAACAUGAGCAAGGCAUAUGAUAGAGUUGAAUGGGGGUUCCUUGAGGCUAUGAUGAUCAAGCUUGGGUUUCGAAGGCCGUGGGUGAACCUGAUCAUGAAGUGUGUAUCCAUGGAGAUCAAGAUCCAAGCAAAAAAUAUCGAUGCUGCAGCAGGAGAGAUGAUUGGCGUUUUGGAGGGUACAAGCAAAGGAAAUGUUAUCCUCGUCCAUGGUUGGCAUGGAUUUGGGGCAUCAGCGGCACUGAAGGUACUAGCACAACGUAUGAAAUCAUCAAAAUCAAAGUUUGACAGGGUUAUCCAUGUCGAUUGCUCAGUGUGGAAAAGCAUGAGGGCUCUGCAAAAGGCAGUCGCAGAGGAGCUGGAGCUUCCACCGUCGGUGAUGGCCAUCUUCGAUUGGUGCGAUGAGGAGGAUGAUUUUAGUGGGAUAGAUGAAGGGUCUCGAGGGGUCAUAGCAGAUAUGAGAUCAGAAAUCUUCAGAAAUCUCAUUAGUAGCAGAUUUGUGGUGAUAUUUCACAAUGGGAGCAUGAAAUACAUUGAUCUGUACGAGUCUUGUGGUGCCCCAGCAAUAUCAGUUUUGAGUAAUAAGGUGUUGUGGACCUGGCACGGGAGGUUUCAAUCCAAAUACAUAGAUUUCGAGGAACGUGAAAAGAUGGAGCUGCAUACUGAUGUUGUUGUCAAUUAUUCUCAUGACGAUUGCAUCCGUGACGAAGCAUUAUUGGAAGAGGCCAAGGAGAUUGUCGCUUAUAUGGGUAUUUCAGAGCCUGACAUGAACCAUAUGAUUGUUGAGAAGUGCUUCCAGUACGCCUGUGCAUUGGGAUCUCGAUCUCCCGGGUUCAAGUGGGUGAACUGGGAGAACCAUGCUUCAAUCUACUUGGUAUGCGAUGGGAUUAUACAAGGGCAAGGCGAUACAUCAGCAUGGGUAAUUGCCGAUGCUCUACAGAGAAACAUGUCUAUGGAUUGGCUUCGUUUCCGCACUGAUGAUGACGUUCUUCGUCGUCACCUGCUUCAUGACCGCUGGGACCUGCGACCUGAUGAGGUUGGCAUAGUGCUUUCUGAAGUGACAUCCUUCUUCGCCGUACCAGAUACUACAUACCUUGUCCGAACGGCGACAUUACAAAAUGGAAUAUUCCAACAUUCGCACAGCAGCAAGCUGCGUGUGUUACAUCUCUCUCAUUGCAGAUUCAGUUUUGAAUCGCCUCCCUUCCUGUGUUGCAGCCAGCUAAGACUCCUCCAGCUGAACAACUGCAGAAAUAUCCCAUCUGAUAAGCAUCCAAGCCACAACGAAGACAUGUCAUGCUUCCAGAAGCUAUGGGUGCUGCACCUGAGGUCUACAAGCUGGUAUCGAUUACUAUCAGCAGAGAUGAAGAACUUUAUGGCUGACCUCAGGGAGUUGACUGUAGAAGAAGUCAAGGAUUGGAGCAUAAGUGAUUUACGUGGCAGGGGACCUUCCCUUGUCAAGGUCCACGUAGAGGAACAAGGCUGCUACUUACCAACCAAGGACCACAACUUGCCUGACCUAUCUAGCGCAAGCUUCCUUAAGACAGUCAUCCUUAUCAAUUGUGUUCAUGUGGAACAGGUUGUCCCCGGCAUGAUGCCCCCAUCGGUUGAGUCAUUCACCUUCUUGCGUGAUUCUUAUACUCAUCAUGACUACCCUAGGAUAUCUAGAAUUUCCUUCCGGGGUUGUUCUCAGUUGAAGAGUAUACUAUGGCAAGGAGAUCUAGAGAAACUCGAGGAGCUGGACCUCUCAGGCACAGCAGUGAAAACCCUCGACCUCAGAGAGUUGGAAAUUAACAAUAUCAAAUCCCUCAUCUUGUUGGGCUGUGAGAAGCUUUAUGCAAUAUUAUGGCCGCCGAAAAACAAAAGGACAAAGGUUUUGGAGGUGCUGCACACCAGCACCAUACAAUCUACAUCACCUGGCCAAGCUAGUUUGGAAGAAAAACCCCAGAAACCUAUUGCAGCUAUGGGAUCAUCAUCUAGUCCUGUUGCUACUGCUAAAGAACAGGGCAUCCGUCGAUAUGCGUCCUUUGACUUUAAGUGGUAUAUCUGCACAAGGGAUACAAGGAUCCUUAGGUCGCUUGAACCGGUUAAAAGAUAUAUUGAGCACAGUCAUGUAUAUAUGGAAAUGGGUUCAUCUCCUACAACUGCUGCUACUGUUGGUGACGGUGAAGCUGCUCAAGGAAUCCGGAGUCUGCGCAAGCCUGAUAAUUAUUUAUAUGCAAGGGAUCUCUUCUGUCAGAGCGACCUACAGGCUGGCGCUGAUAAUGAAGGUGCAAUCAGCUGGAUGUGGGAUUGCCCAGCUAGUCCUACUCCAAGGGCCCAAGACUUGUAUCUUCACAUACAUGAUAAGCAGGAGGUGAAGAGGGGACUACUACAGCAAAAACAGAGCAACACUGAAGGAAUUAAUGUUAGCGCUGUUUUCCCUGGUUUCAUAGUUAACAAUGCUCGCAUGCUUCACCUGCAUGAUAGCUCAUCCGUCAUUUGCAUCAGAUGCCCACAACCACAAGGUUCAUGCUGGAGGUGGCUUGAAUGGUGCCGAGUCGAGAGGUGCCCCAAGCUAAGUACUGUCUUUUAUACCCAACCAAGUGAGGGUGAUAGCUUCUGUUAUGAGUUGGCCACAUUCUGGGCAUCUGAACUCCCAAAGGCAUGCUACAUCUGUGAUUGGAGUGCAAUACGUACAUUUUCCUUUGUACAAAUAGUACUAUUGCACCUGGACUAUUGCCCUAGGCUCAUACAUGCGCUACCCUUGUCCGAGUCUGUGGACACUUUGCCUCAUUUGGAUACCCUGGAGAUUGUGUGUUGCGGUGAUCUAAGGGAGGUUUUCGCUUUGGACACUAAGCAAAAGCAGCAGAGAAUUAUAGGAUGCCCCAAGCUAAGGCGCAUUCACCUGUAUGAGCUCCCCAGCCUGCAGCACAUCAGUGGGAGCAGGAUGUCCGCGCCCAACUUGGAGACCGUCAAGAUCAGGGGCUGCUGGAGCCUCAGGAGCCUACCAGCCGUCAGCAGAAACAAUGAGAAGCUGCCUAGUGUGGACUGCGAGAAGGAUUGGUGGGAUAACCUGGAGUGGGAUGGGGUGGAAGCGAACCACCAUCCUUCACUCUAUGAGCAUAACCACUCGUCAUACUACAAGGCCCAACAACAAAGAGGCACCGUACUAAGGUAA